UCUCACGCUGUUGCAUUCUGAAUUCUGGAAGAUUUCCUAGAACCGUUUCAAUUUUCUCAAGUGGUUGAUCGAGUUAUGUAACGCUUUAGCGAUGUGGAGUGUUCAACGGAUUUCAGUGCAUUUCCUUUUGCUGGUAGCCGGUAGCUGUUUGGCUGUGGGAAAAUUCUGCAACGAAGUUGAAAAAGUACCGAAGUUAGUGCAAACUGUGAACAAAGGAGUGGAAUAUGGAGUGUGCAACUACUACUGCAUGUUCUCGGAGCAUAGUUUCACGGUACCGGUGCCCAUUGAGAAGAUGUCGUGUGCUUUGGAAUACGAAACCCACCAGAAGCAGGUCUGCUGCGAAGGAUAUCACCGUUACGGGAGUGAAUGCUUACCUACCUGCAAGCACAAGUGUAUCUUCGGCGAAUGCACUGCACCGGAAGCGUGCAGCUGCUAUGGUGGCUAUCGGAAAGUGAAUGAAUUUCUUUGUGAGCCGAUCUGUGAAUCGCCAUGUGAUAAUGGUCGUUGCGUAGCGCCAAAUUCCUGCGUCUGUGAUGAAGGUUUCGAGAAGGAUGAGCACGGGGAGUGUGCGAGGAAAUGUGAAAAGGAAUGUCAAUUUGGGCGGUGUGAGGAAAAUCAGUGUCGGUGUUAUGAGGGAUACGCGUUGGAUCCGGAAAACGAUGGCCGCUGUGUGCCGCAGUGCGAACCGGAAUGCCAGAAUGGGAACUGCGUUCAGACGAACGUUUGCCAGUGUGCAGCAGGAUACACCCUAUCCCCGGUGUUCCCGUUUCUGUGCGAACCCGUCUGCACCAGAAGCUGCCAAAACUGCAUUGCCCCGGAGACGUGUCAGUGCGAAGAAGGCUACCAACUGAAUGAUCAAAAGGAAUGUGAACCGAUCUGCGAGAGCGUAGAUUGCACCAAUGGAUUUUGCGCGCAACCGGAAGUCUGCCAGUGUAACGAUGGCUAUCGAUAUGAGGAAGGUGAAUGCGUUCCGGUGUGCAGUGCAGAUUGCGUCAACGGGGAGUGCGUUGCACCGGGAGUCUGCGUAUGCGAUGAGCUGUAUCGACAGGGAAAGAAUGUAACAUGUGAACCGUACUGUCCGGACGGGUGUUUCAACGGUGAUUGCGUGGGUCCCGGGUUUUGUCGUUGCAGGGAAGGUUUUGAGGCUGGCGAGGAGAGCGGACUGUGCGAGCCUCGGUGCAGUAGACCCUGCGAGAAUGGUGUUUGUGCGGGACCGGAGAGGUGUGUUUGUAACGAAGGCUAUCAGUUGGAUCGGAAGGACGUGGGCAAGUGUGUACCGAAGUGCGAUAAACCGUGCGUUCACGGGAGGUGCGUUGCACCCGAUGUUUGCGAGUGUAGUAAAGGAUACGUGAAAUUGGAGAACAGCCGCAACGUAUGUGAAGCCAAAUGCACCAACGGAUGCUCAAAUGGGAAAUGCGUCGGUCCAGAACGCUGCGAAUGUCUUCCGGGCUACUUUGCGACUACGAGUGCGAUCAGCUCCAAGAAGUCGAUCUGUACACCGUACUGCAAGAACAGAUGCGUCAACGCGUACUGUAUCAAGCCGAACGUCUGCCAGUGCAUUGCGGGUUAUCGAUUCGGGGAGAAUAGCACUAGCGUGUGCGAGCCAAUCUGCGAUGAGGAGCUGGUGGAUUGUACCAAUGGGCGUUGCACUCAGCCGAAUGUCUGCGAAUGCGAUGAGGGUUUCAUGCUGGCGAUUCGGAAUGGCAGAAUGGUUUGUGAUCCGAAACCAUGCGAACGAGUUUGCGUGAACGGGUUCUGCGUUGGUGAUGAUCACUGCGUUUGUCUGGAAGGGUAUAGGAAAUCGGUCAAGUAUGAUUACAUCUGUGAGCCGAUAUGUGACGCUAGAUGUGUUAACGGGGUGUGCAUCGCUCCGGGCAUGUGUGUUUGCAAGGACGGGUUCUACGCUGGCGCAGAGGGGACGUGCGAGCCGCUUUGUAGUGUUGCAGAGGUGGAUUGUACGAACGGAGUUUGCAUGGGAGCUAAUCAGUGUCAGUGUCAUGAGGGAUUCCAAUCGAGGAGGAAUUCGGUUGGGGUAAUGGAGUGUGUUCCGGUGUGUUCGACGAGUUGCGUAAACGGUCGGUGUGCAGCUCCGGGACGCUGUGAAUGUGACGAAGGAUUCCAGCUGGAUGAGACGUUGGCAGUUUGCGAACCGAUUUGUAAUCCACCCUGCGUCAAUGGUGAGUGUGUGGAACCAGAUCUUUGCAUGUGCUACGAAGGGUUCGUGCCAGAUAAUGAGGACGUGUUUGAGGCGAACCAUUUAUGUGUUCCAUAUUGUGAUCCGAGCGUGGUGGAUUGUAGUGAGGGGUACUGUGGUGCCAAUAAUCUUUGCCGUUGUCAUGAAGGAUACUAUUCGAGCUUUACCGCGAAUGGAGUUAGCACGUGUUUACCCGUUCCAGAGGCAAUUGUUCUGCAGUGUGAUGUACCCAGUACGACUACGAUUACUCCGGAACAGGAAUGCUAUUGUGAAUCUGCAGAACCUUGUCCAGUAGUAACUUGCCCACCUGUAGUAGAGACAACGACAGCACCUAGCUGUGAUUUUACCUGCCCAGAUCCUCCAGUGUGUCCUGAACUACAAUGUCCGACAAUUCCUCCGACUACAACAGAAACCUACCAGCCAUGUGAAUGCCCUGUUCAAGCACCUUGUCCAGAUUUCGAGUGUCCUCCACCGGUCGUUGAAGAGUGCUCUUUGCCGGAGCAGGACUCGAAAUCGGACGAAAUCAUACAGUACAGUUGCGACGACAGUUACGUAGACUGCAGUCAUGGAACGUGUCUGGGGAGCAACAUCUGCGAGUGCAAUCCGGGCUAUCGAAAGGCCAUUGACGAACAGGAAUUGAUCGUGUGCGAACCAGUAUGCAAGCAAGCUUGUAUGAAUGGAGUCUGCGUGGCUCCGGACGUUUGCGAAUGCUUCGUUGGCUAUGCGGAUGAUGGCCAUGGAUUGUGCCAGCCGCUCUGUGAGGAGCCUUGUGUGAAUGGGGAAUGUGUUGCACCAGAUGUUUGCCGUUGUUUAGUCGGGUACGAAGAGGAAUGGGAUGGGAUGUGUCGAAAAAAGUGCGAACCGGAGUGCCACAAUGGGAUUUGCGUAGAUGGAGAAUGCGUUUGUGAUGAGGGGUAUGAGCUUAACUCGGAAAAUGUCUGUGUAGAGAUGGACCUGAUAGACUUUGUUGAAGAAGAUGUCAGGAAGAUUGAGAGUAAUUACGCUGGAAGGAUUCAGAGCAGGUUGGGCAUGGAUUGCGAUGAUGGGUAUGAGAUGUUGGAUGGCUACAGCGAUUGUGUUCCGGUUUGUGAGGGUUGUGAACAUGGAGACUGCGUAGCUCCGGGUGAGUGUGAUUGCCACGAAGGAUUCAUUCGGUCGUACAUCGACGGGGUGGGGUCCUGUGAGCUCGAGGUGGAGGAAAUUAGUGAACCUCUGUUAGAGGAAACUACAAAAGCAGAGCUAGCGGAAUGGCAGGCGGCAGAACAGGUUGAGAUCAUCCAUAAGGGUGAAGCAUUUAACUUCCUGUCCAUUUUCAAUCGUAGUCAUUUUUUGAUGGCAGCAGUGGCAUCAGCAGUAGCCCUAGCUUUAAUGCUAGUCUCAUACUGGGUCUGUAGCUAUCUGAAUAGGGUGAAUUCAAUUCCUAACGAAACGAUGAUCGAUUAACAGUUUCACCAAUAAGACCAAUCAUUCUACCAAAGUAUUCAUCAGUGCCAUUAUCCUUAUAAAUCGUCGUUAUAUUUAUUCAAUGGUUUCGUAUCCGCUUAGGGGAAAUAAAUAAAAGUUAAAAGGCGUUCGUUACCUAAAACUAGUUCGGCUUUGAAA